AAGAAAGUCUCCAACCUGCAUUACGUCGACUUAAACAGGGGAAAUUCAGCUUCAAAACCAGAUUUUUCAUUGGUCGCUUUCUGGUUGCACUCUGAGUCAUCUCAACGAAAAAGUCGAAAAUGAAACAACAACAUGUUGAUAUUGAUUUGUCGACUGAUAUCAGAUUACUUGAGAUAAAUUUAUGCAGAUUGCUUCCACGAAGCUGUUAGCUGUUGUGUCACACAAGGCGAGCAUAAGGUUUAUGACAGUUACCGGUCGUUUUGUUCCGGACAGACCUUCAUUCGUUAAACCUCGUUCCUGUCAAUAUGGAUUUGGACCUUGGAAACAGAAACCCACCGUCUGGCGAAUGGAAUGUCGAAUUUUCCACUACCCCAAGUGUUGUAAACAAAACAGAAACUGCGUCUCAAGUCAUCGCUGGGUUUUAUGCAUUGCUCUUCUACCUCGCCCUACUUACCUUGAGCAUACUUGGCGUUUGUUUCAGAGCUUGUGCCCAGAUGCUUUCAUCCUGCGCCACCUCUGCCCUCUUUUUAAUAGGGACAUUGUUAGCCUGUGUAAAUGUGUUCUGCAAUUCGCUCAACUCAGAAGUUAGAGUAUACUUCCGCCUGCCCACGGUUUUUCUUGUUGGAAUCGUCUUUGUUUUGGCUGGGGCGGUAUUUUUCUUCUCGAAAGCUGAAAACGUGGCCCAGCAAACUACCUUAGCAAGACAGCAACCCUCAAUGGGACUUGUUGUUGGAGUAAUAUCCUACGCUUUGAUCAUCAUCGAGAUAUUUCUCCUUGCUGCGGCUUGUGCUUCAAAGAACGACGGCGAUCAAAAUUCUUGGGCUGUUCUCGCAGACAAGACAACGUUUCUCGUCCAGAAGGUUAUCCAAGCAAUCGUAUAUAUCUUGUUGUUAAGAUAUAGGACAAUCUGUCCAACGUACAAAGAAAGUGCUAAGUUUUAUUUAAAGACCCUGGCGUUUUUUAAUUUUAUCGAAUGGGUAGACUCCCAA